AGGGAAGCAGUGCGGAUUUGAAGCUCGCGCUCAGAGUAGGAUGUUGGAGAAAGAGAUUUAAACUGCGAGAGAGAAGCUGCAGCAAUCCUAUUGAAGCGAGACGAGUUUAGAAAAGAAUCAUUACAAAUACCAUAUUCAGUCUGCAGAGGGAAACUGAUAUACGACUUGUACUGCAACUAAUCUGACGAAGAACAGAGAUUUAAAAAAAAUACAUUAUGACAGUUCUGACGAGGAAUAUAAAGCAAAAGCAAAACUGACUGCACAGUUGAGUCAGGUGAAGUGUGUUUACGAUACUGCACCGUGAUUUGAUGGUCAUCUGUAGUCAUACUAUACAGCGGGUGGCAGUGAAAUCAUCACACCUUUAAAGUUUUUUUAUAGAUAUUCACAGCUGGGAAACCACAGGCAACGGUAAGCAUUUUCAAAUAAAUGCACCCUCGUCUGUACAGAAUCCGAUCGUGUUGUUAAUCCUCUUUGGAGUAGCUGCAAAUCCGAGGCUGAAAGAAACUGUGUGUACUAAUCACUAAAAACAUUAAUCAUUCUAGACACCAUGAAAACUGCGGGGUUUUAAAAAGGGGUUGCUAGUCUUGAUUCGGGAACGGGGAGCGUGUCUGAGGAGGCUCCACAGCACUCGGGAGAGAGUGAAACUGACAGUGCUUGUGCUAACUUUGGGAGUCGAAUCUGUUCCUAUAUCCCACACAAAAAAGAACCUUUCGCUUUUAAAUUCCAGCUACUCGGCUUCACGAAGACUGCAAGGAAUUUAAUCUGAUUGCAGUCAUUUCCUUCUACUAGACCGACUCAAAGAAAAUAAGUACCCAGCACCGCACUUCACAUUCCUCAAGGAAAUACUGAACAAUCGGUGACAUCGGAAUUCGACGUGAUGUCAGGAGAAAGGUACUCCACUCUGGACGAGUCGUCGCUCAGAAAACUGCUCGAUGGCACGUCUGACCUGGACGAGCGGCGGCUGAUCCGCAGUGCCAUCAGGGAGAUCCGCCGCUGUGAGAUCGAGGGCAUGGAGGCGGCGCUGUCGUCCAAACGCUUCCGCGGCGCCAGGAACUGCGAGCAGCUGGAGAACAAGGAGAACCAGAUCAGGUUCCAGCGCCCGUGUCCAGACCAGGACGACACUCUGGAGGCUCUGUCAGGGAAGCUGCAGUCCAUCGAGGACGUUGACGAGCUCACUGCCCUGCUACGAGGAGCCAGCGAGUACGAGGAAAGGAAGCUCAUCCGAGCUGCCAUUCGCAAACUGAGGGCACAGGAGCUAGAGGCAUCAGAGAGAGCCAUCUGUGAAAGCAGGUUGGAUUCUGAGUCAUUCCAGUGGCGUGGGAGCAGGGAGGCAGAUCCGGAGCCGGCCCACAGCAAAGCAGACCCGGCGAUUGACAACUUAGAGGAGAGGCAGCGAAUCAGGGCUCAGAUCAGAGAGCUGCGCAGCCAGCAGAACCAGGAGGGGGCGCUACAGAGAGCAGGUAUGACAUCCGGAAUGGUGUUGGUCCUGGACCCUCUAAAUAAAGAGGAAGCAACCCUGCCAUCACGGCAACGCCUAUAUUCAGAGGCUUCAGAGCGGGAACUAGCAUCACGACAACGCCUGGAUUCAAGGGCCUCAGACCGGGACCUGUCAUCACGACAGCGCCUGGAUUCAGGGGCCUCAGACCGGGACCUGUCAUCACGACAGCGCCUGGAUUCAGGGGCCUCAGAGCGUGACCUGUUGUCACGGCAACGCCUGGAUUCAAGGACCUCAGACCGGGACCUAUCGUCACGGCAACGCCUGGAUUCAAGGACCUCAGACAGGGACCUAUCAUCACGACAGCUCCUGGAUUCAGGGGCCUCAGAGCGGGACCUAUCGUCACUGCAACGCCAGGGCUCAGAGCUGACCAGCGCCUCGAGCACUGACUCUGAGCUGGAGUGUGAGAGCAGACUCACAGGAGGUGCCUCUGAGCAGGCCUUGUUGGGAGGAGAGGAUAAGAAAGAGGGGGAGGGAGUGUCUCAAACUGACCAGGACAAAGACCUCGUUGAUGGGAAUGCCUUCUCCAGGGGUGGGCCAUGCAAGAAGGAGCCUGUCUCCCAGAACAGCCUCCAAAACGGGGGAGAGAAGCGGGCAGUGAACGGGGAGCUGGGAGGACGCAGCAGCAGCAGCAGACAGACCAGCGUGACCAAGGACCCCCUCUACAGCCGCUCACAGACCUCCCUGAGCUGUGCCAAAGACAAAGCAGAGAAAGCUGCUUUGAACAGAGCUAGCUCUGUGCGGGACCGGGUGAAGAGGUUCACAGCAGAGGAGCCGGGCCAGAGAGCCGAGCUCGGAACCAACUUCACAGGGCAGAGAAGGGGGAGCAGCCGGGUCUGUGGGAACCUGCAGUCCCCCUUCUGCAAAGCUACCCAGAGGGGCGAGGGCAGCAACGGGACAGACCGAUUCGGGAAGAACAAAUCAGGACUUACCUCCCAGAGUCCUGCGGAGAAAUCCGUCCCUUUGAGUUCCAAGCUUGUCUUGGGUCCAGCCAUCACAGGGAGCUCCAAUGGAGUGUCCCAAACCAGGAGACUUCAAGGGGUGUCUGCUGAUAGAUCCUACCCCCUGUCCCGGGACAGCCAAUCGGAGAGGGCCAGGCUGACAUCAUCGGGGGAUGAAAACCUCAGGGAGCGAUCAGACAGCUCAGACCAAAGCAGGACCCUGAGUACAGCUGAACCCCAAACACAGCCAGAGUGCCCCCACACUGACCCUGACAUGAAGACCCUGCUGACCAUUGAGAUCAAGGACAGCAACAGUGCCAACACGGCCACAUGUGUGACCAGGAACACGGGCAGCCAGCGGGCAGAGCUGACACUGGGUCUGAGAGCCACCCCCUUCAAGAUCAUAUCCUCCUCAAACACCAGUGGGGCCCUGAAGAUGGAGAUGGAGCCCGCCCUGGCCGCUGAGGCCACAGAGACUCCCCCCAGUGACACGGACGUGGUCCCCAACUGCACACAGGGGGCUCAUGGGAAGGGGGCGGGGCACCGGGGAAAGCUGACGGCCGAGGAGCUGGAUGCCAUCGAAGACGAGGAGGUCCUGGACAAGAUGAUCGACGAGACGACAGAUUUCGAGGAGAGAAAGCUGAUCAGAGCAGCUAUGAGAGAUCUGCGCAAGAAGAAGAGAGAUGCAAUGCUGGGUGGCAAACAGAGAUCAGAGGAGGAUCGAGACCAGCGAGAGAAGGAGCGAGAGAAGGAGCGUGAGACUCGACUCCAGGAGAUGAAGCAGAAACAGGAGGAGAAGAGGAGCCAGACUGCCCGCGCUGGAGAGAUGGUGGUCAGAAAAACAGAGAAGAUCUCCCACUCGGAUGAUGGCAGCAGGGCGUCCCGCACUACCACCAUGGAGGCGAGUUACAUGAAGAGAUCUGAGAACAGCACAACCGUUGUUCAGACCAAAUCCUCCUUCAGCUCCACUUCUUCCUCCACCUCUACCAAGAAGAUGGGCAGUAUCUUUGACCGAGAAGAUGACUCGUCCUCCCGCGCUCUGGAACGCAAGCAGGCGGAGCGGCACAAGGAGAUUAUGAGGUCCCAGACCCUGCCCAAGACCUCUGCCACACAGGCCAGGAAAGCCAUGAUCGAGAAGCUGGAGAAGGGGAGCGGCAGCCCUGCAAACCCGGCUGCGUCACGGGUGGUCAAGGUUCAGAAGACAUCCAGCUUUGGGGUGCCCAACGCCAACUCCAUCAAACAGAUGCUGCUGGACUGGUGCCGGGCCAAGACCCGCGGCUAUGAGCACGUGGAUAUCCAGAACUUCUCGUCGAGUUGGAGUGAUGGCAUGGCGUUCUGCGCUCUGGUUCACAAUUUCUUCCCCGAAUCCUUCGACUACAUGGCACUGAACCCCCAGAACCGGCGGAAGAACUUUGAGGUGGCCUUCACCAACGCAGAAAUCUUUGCUCACUGCGACCCCUUGCUGGAGGUGGAGGAUAUGAUGAUCAUGGGAAGGAAACCGGACUCCAAGUGUGUCUUCACCUACGUGCAGUCACUCGUCAAUCACCUGCGCAGAUACGAGAUGGCCUGCCGCAGAGCGCACACUGACCUGUAACCAGCAGCUCCACAUCAACACACAUACCCACAUGCUCCUGCAUACCCCGAAAGGAGUGCCAGCCAAGCCUCUACAAUCCAUUUCUUGCCUCCUUCUCAGCAUUAGCAAUUCUAUCACUGGACCGUUUUGAUGUGCAGAUUGCUAGGCCACUGCUUCCUGGAAGCGUAUGGCUUAACAGGAAGUGUUACUAAGGAGCAGCUGUUUACAUGUUGAAAUCUAUAGUGAUGUACUCAAAAUAUACAGAAUCAACGACACAAAACAAAAUCACCAGUGAUCCUGUUGGCUUAAAGGCUUAAAGAAAUGGAUUUGAAGGAGUUGGGUAGUAUUCCUGUACAGCAGUGCUGCCCAAACAUGGUCCUGGAGAGCCCCUAUCCAGUAAGUUUUGUAGGUCAUCCUAAAUCGCUAAUUUCUAAAGACUGGAAACAUAGGGAAGUUAUUGAUCAAUUAAGCAAAUAACUUGUUCAAUUAAGGGAACUCUGGUCAUUGGGCCAGUUUACAUGCUGAGAAAAUGUCAUGACUUGUUUACUGUCAUGACUUAUUUAAGGUGGUACGGUCUGGAUUACAAUUUUAGUUAGUGUUGGUUUAUGUUUAGUUUAUGUUUGAAUACAAAUGUAAUACAUUAUACAAAAAUCAAAUUCAACAUGAAGUUUCAAAGCAGGAAUUGUUAAAUUAAACAAACCAAAACGAUCUAAAAUUAUAAUUCAGCCGUACCACCUUCAAUAAGUCAUGACAGUAGACAGAUAAGUCAUGACAUUUUCCCAGCAUGUAAUCCAGGCCAUUGAGGGCUGAAAAGGGUAGUUCAUUUUUUUGUACCAAAUGAUCUCUAAAUGACUUCAUUUAAUAAACCACCUUCUUAAUUGAUCACAGUGAAAUUGUUCCAGGUGUUAAGAAAUUGAUGAUUAAAGGUUACCUAUAAAACCUGCUGGAUAGGGGCUCUCCAGGACCGGGGCUCUCCAGGACCGGGGCUCUCCAGGACCGGGUUUGGGCAGCACUGCUGUACAGUAUACCUUUUCCAGGUAAUGGCCUCCUGUAACUCACAAUACAAUAACCACCCCUACCUCACCUGUUGCAUAUAGAAGACUAUUUAACCUGGUAACGUGCUACAGUAUGAAACUAACACACUUCACACUGGUGUGUUGCUGUUCCUCAUGUAGAUGAGGAAAGCUACACACAUCAUGCAAACAGGGUUUUGGAAGCAAUAUGUAGUACAGCUAUCUUAAACCUUUCAAGAACUUCCUCAUAACUUGUUCAGGUCAAUUUCCUUGGGAUCCAGGUUCAAACAGAACAUGUGGGUCCAUCUAAUGAUAAGUCUGGGUGACUUCUUCAUUUGUCAUUUGAGGCAGCAGCUGGUUGGUUAAUAUGCAGGAGAUUUAAAUAUAUGAAGGCGAUUUUGAUUAUUAUUAUUAUUAUUAUUAUUUUUAGAAAAGGCAGUUGCUUAUUUGAACCCAAAAUGCUGAUUUUGCAGUUGACAGACCCCAAGGAAGCACAGGCAGCGAAAGGGUUAUCCGUAUGUAAUAAUUAAAAGGUCUGAAAUGGUAAAUCACAAAUUCUGUUUUCGCCAUGAUGUGUUUCUUCAAGCCUUCGAAUGUGAGGCUUGCAUUCAGGAAUGGCAGUUUAAUAGAACGAUUUAUUAGAACUUUGACAAGCUGCCUUGUAAUCUACCUGUUUUCAGGUAAUCCCCACUUCUGUCUCCCCAUUACUCCCAUUGAAACUCACCUCUCGUAAUGCACCUGUGCUGACAGUAAGAUGCAAUGUUUUUAGCUCCACUCCAGGUACAGAAUGCUCAGUAUAAUGUCAUUUUACCAUAACUCUGCAUGCUUUUAAAACACACGUUUACUUGAAUUGUUUUUGUUGUUUUUUAUUUAAAGAAAACUAUAAGCACUGAUAAGGAAAGUAUAUUUUCUCUGUAUUAUUUUUUCAGUAACGUUAUUGUGACACAAGUGGAUUUUUGGCUCCAGUCUGCUCGCAAGCGGCAUAUCUUGUGUCUUGGCUUUUGUGUGUGUGUGUGUGUGUGUGUAACAGGUUUUUUUUUUUAAUGUAGAUUUCAAAGGCGAUUUUAUUUGUUAAGACUUCAAACUAUUGAUCUCUCUGAAUCCAGAAAUUUCUAUCAAAAGAUGCAGUUAAAAGAGUGGGGGAAAAAAACCUUAAAAUGGCUUAAAUUAUAUCAGUCUAAGCUGUGGGUCUCAAUACUUCACUUGCACUGUUAAGAGAUAAAUCUUUUCAUAACCUAUAUAAAUGAUCUUAAAGUAUGGAAGUAUUAGGCCACUGUUUAGCUCAAUUUGAAUCUUUCUACACAGAGAAUGGAUAUCGCAAAUCCAGUCUUUUCUUGUCUAGAUGAUCACUCCCAUAAUGCCCCUGGGUUGGCGUGACCUGGAUGGGCCUGGUAGGCAGACUGGAGCCCCACCUCAGGCUUUUAUCAAUUUUGUGUACACGGACUGCACGCAAAAGACUGCCAGUAGAAUAGCUCUGUAUAAAUAGGUGUUUUUUAUUUUGGUGUUUGUGUGUAUAUAUAUAUAUAGCUGGCUCUUUGAGCUAAUUUUAUAUAUAUAUAUAUAUAUAUAUAUAUAUAUAUAUAUAUAUAUAUAUAUAUAUAUAUAUAUAUAUAUAAAAUAUUGUUUUAUAUAUAUUGACACUUGUUUAUAAACAGUCAUGACCGGUUUUGUAUGCAGAUCAGAUUGUAUUCAAUGUGUGAUCAUAAUUGUGAUCCUAUUAUAAUGGCUAAAGAGAUUCCUGGAGCCCCACUCCUACACUACACUCUGUUUUACCACUGAUAGACCCCUUACAGUGAAGAUAAGUUCCUAGUUCUUGGCCGACCCCAAAAUCUGCUUUGAUUUCAUAAUUAAUCAUAUUUGUAGUUGCAUUAAAAAAAAAGUAUAUUGAAUACUAUUAAAGUUGUUACACUGCUUAAAAAAAAAAAAGAAAAAGUUUAGUGAUUUCUAAUAUACACCUGCCUAUUUUCUGAUAGGUAUGUGUAUCCAUUUUUUGAUUAAUAUCCUGAAUUUAAAACCUAAGAUUGUCAACUGCUUAAAAUAAUUCACAUGUUUCAAUAUAGCUAUGACAUGAUCACUAGUAUUAGUCCAGAAUGAACCGUUUUUAUUUGAUUAGUGAUGCAACUGAUCCUGUAUGCCUGUCAUGUGUCUCAAGUAAGUUGUAAGUUAGGGUUGUAAUAUACUGGUAGAAAUAUUCCAGGCUGGGAUGUUUAAUCUUGUUACCUGGAGACCCAGAACUGCCUAAUCUGAAUCAUCGACUGCCCUGAUAUAAAAAGCUGUAAAUGUUGAGCAUCAUAUUUCAAAUGUUUUUUCUUGAACCCUCAUUUUUAAAGUAUGUGCAAAUUCAGAGAGGAAUACUUAUCAUUUUUAUCCUGUAUUACACCCUGAAAAAGCAGCUUGGAACUUCUGCAUUGUAUAUCACAUUUUUAAUACAACACAAUAACAAACCUACAUUUUAAUUUGCAAAUAAGCUUUUAAGGUACAUUUUAUAGAUGUUUCUGUCAUAUGCCAUACUGAGUUAUUCAUAGUGGUUGGAGAACCCCUAGAUAACAUAUAUAUAUAUAUAUAUAUAUAUAUAUAUAUAUAUAUAUAUAUAUAUAUAUAUAUAUAUAUAUGAUUUUAUUUUAUUUUUGAUUUUGCAAAAUUUCAGUUUACUCCAGUAAGAAAUUGGCACUAUUUUUGUGAAAGGAAUAUGCCCCUGCAUUGUUAAUAAAAAAUGCAAGUAGACAAAUCUUUGGGUUAAUGUUUUCAGAGUCAUAACAGAAUAAUUAACAUUUAUUGGUACAGCGCGUGUUACUUUCACUAAAAUGGGGCCAACAUCUCCUAUUCAUUCUUAUUCAAAGUUAUUCUCUUCAUUGAUUGGUUGCUUUCUAAAGGAGUUGGGAAAGGAAUCGCCCCUCAUUGGCUACAGGAUUAUUUCAGGAAGGCUUCACCUUUGGAGAUUGGACCAGACCAAAGCCACCCCUCACCUGCCAUCUGCUUCCACCCUCGCAUCUUGUAGAUAAAGACUAGAACACGUUCUGAAACACGGUUUUAUUAAACACGUAUUAAUAAUGUGACUUCAGAAAUAAAGCUCUAUUUUAAAA